AUGGACACUGCAAGCACCUUCGCUGCAAUCACCCGGGUGCUGUUGAUGUGCGGGCCGAUGUUCGAGCAACCCCGUCCCACCGACGUCUUCAUCACCACCUACGGAAUAAACGAAAAUGGCAAGCUGACGAGAUUCUUCCACGAUGAAACAACCGGAGAGAUCAGCAGGUGAGUGGACGAGGGGUUCGGUUGUAUGUAUGGAAAAUGCUCAGCGGAGAAUAUACAGUCUAACGUAGAACUUCCUUUUUCUGGCCCCGCGCUUCGCAGCUUGCGCCCGAACAAUUCCGCUUGCAAGGAAUAUCAGGGUCAGGCUUAGCCUCAGGCGGGGCCAGAAAAAGGAAGGCUUACCCUCAGGCUUAGGCAGGUUAGACUUACAAGGGAAGUACCCCAAGUGCGACGCUCAGAUUUUCUUUAAAUUUUGCACACACGUCGGUCAUGGACUAAGUAUCAAUUCCUGAAAGUUUUAGCUCGCGCUUUGCAAGAGCCGCCGAGAUAUUGAACGAUAUUUGCCGCCGAGAGAGUACGCUAAUCGCGGAGAGCGGUCAGAGAGGAAAACAUUUUUUGGCCAUAACUUUGCUAGUUUCGUGCGGAAAAAAUUGAUUUUUUGUAGAAACAUUAUCCUUUACGGUAGAAAUAGGCAUGAAACUUUUCGUGCCGAAAUUCGGCUAAAAGUCCUAAAUUUUUGCCGACUUUCGAUCUAAAAAUCUCGGUUGUUUCUGCAAAGCGCGAGCUAGGAUUCUCGCAUAUAUUUUAGAAAAAAUUGUUCUAAUUUUGUGCCGAAUUUCAUCAAAAUCUGAGCGUCGCACUUGGGGUACUUCCCCUGUUAGUUUAUGCUUAGCCGAAAGGCAAACUUUCAGGAAUUGAUAUCUAGUCAGAGGACGUUUUAUACAACGAAAAGUUGGCCAGACUCAGCGCAGUUUAGGCGUAACCUUACAUUUUUUUCAGUUCGCUGAUUUCCUCGCUCACAGAGUAUGACCUGAAGUCGGCUUCAUUCCAAUUCCUGAUCCACGACGAGGACCUCUCAAUCAAGGGUCAGGUGGAGUUGGCGGAUGGAAUGUAGGUUGGACUUGGACUUGAAUUUUUGACUCUGUUUUUAUUCGCAGGCGUUGUCCCGUCGCCGGUACGGCCAUGGAACCGGGGAUUUUAAACAAGGAUAGGUGUAAGCAGCUGGUUCGCUUCAUCGCAUCGAAUGAGCACGUGUACGAAAUCCCCUGCACCCCUGAAUUAAGUUCAGUCGAGUCGGAUGCAUCGGGUAAAGCGGCUGCUGGGGAUGCUAAAGUGGAAAUUCGGACACUCACUUGUGACGAUCACAUUGCUCUGACCGUGGGCGGAACGGAAGUUGUUCUGCGAAAGAAUGGGAGGUGCCGAAUGAUCAGAUUUGCCGAGUUUACGCAGCGCUGGCGGCUGAACAAGUGCGAGGUGGAGAAGCUCAAGGUUCCGGCAGACAACGAAAAACAUGGUCCGUUCUCGAUGGUAAGUCCGAUAAGUUUUUUGACAAAAAGCAAAUUGGAAGUGAAAGCUCGGCCGCAGCUCGGAAAUCAGUUUGGCUGACAAGGGAACUACCCCAAGUGGUACGCAGGUCAAACAGAGGCACGAAGGACGGAAAGGUCCGCUGUGCGGAAAGGUCCGCUGCGCGGAAAGGUCCGCUGUGCGGAAAGGUCCGCUGCGCGGAAAGGUCCGCUGUGCGGAAAGGUCCGCUAAAAAAAAGAGGAGGGCGGGGAGGGGGAGGUUUUCGAAGGCGCAGAUUUCGAAUAUCGUAUCCAUUUUUUUCUGAAUUUUACAAUUUUGCUUAUGCAGUAGUGUUAACUAGUAAUUUUUAAAAAAAUUUUUUGAGUAAUGGAUUUAGGCGUAAGUUAUAUUGUACUUGGUGUUUUGAUUUUUAGGUGUGACUAGUCUCGAAAAAAUUUUUUUUGAAAUGUUUUCGCUUCGAGACUUGAAAAAAAGGAUUUUUUGUGAAAUUUGAAUAAAUUUGAAAUGUUUUCGCUUCCGGACUUCAAAAAAAGAAUUUUUGGUGAAAUUUGAAAAAAAUUUGAAAUGUUUUCGCUUCGGGACUGAGAAAAAAAGAAUUGUUUGAAAAAUUCAACAAAAUUUUGAAAUCUUUUCGCAUCGGGAGUAGAAAAAAGGGUGUCUGACUGAAUAUUAACUGUGGUGCCGCCAGCACUAAAAUUUUGUCUAAAACCAAUGGUACCACCUGGUACUAUAUAGUACUACCUGGUACUCUAUAGUACCACGUGUUUUUGGGCUCUACUAAGCACCAAACCAUCAUCAUUACUGCCUUACGGCCAAAUUUUCACUUCUCACUAAACAGUACCAGUUGGUACUAUAUAGUACCAAGUGAUAAAACGUGUUUUUGGGUUCUACUAGGCACCAAACCAACGCCAUUACCGCCUUACGGCCAAAUUUGCACCUCGUACUAAAUAGUACUACCUGGUACUAUUUAGUACCAAGUGUUAAAAAUGUGUUUUUUAAGCAGUACUAGGCACCAAAACAACACCAUUAACGUCUAAAAGUGUUAUAAGUCGAAAAAAUUUCAACAAGAAUCCCUAAAGGUAGUAAAGUAACAGAAACCCAGUUUUCAUAUUCAGUCAGUUCAUACUCAGUCAGCUCGAAAAAAUUUCUAAUUUUAUUCAAAUUUCACAAAAAAUCCUUUUUUCCAAGUCCCGAAGCGAAAACAUUUCAAAUUUUACUCAAAUUUCACAAAAAAUCCUUUUGUUUCAUGUCCCGAAGCGAAAACAUUUCAAAUUUUAUUCAAUUUUCACAAAAAAUCCUUUUGUUUCCAGUCCCGAAGCGAAAACAUUUCAAUUUUUUACAAUUUUCACAAAAAAUCCUUUUGUUUCCAGUCCCGAAGCGAAAACAUUUCAAUUUUUUACAAUUUUCACAAAAAAUCCUUUUUUCCCCACCCUCUUCUUUUCCUUUUUUUAGCGGACCUUUCCGCAGCGGACGUUUCCGUACAGCGGACCUUUCCGCGCAGCGGACCUUUCCGUACUCAAUCAAACAGAGGAGUCCGGCGACCGGAAUAGACUCUUCGCUAUCGGUUUUUUACACUUCUUCUUGAUUUGACUGACAGGGGAAGUACUCCAAGCACGACGCUCAGAUUUGAUGAAACUUGGCACAAAUUUAGAAUAAUUUUUUCUAAGAUAUAUGCGAGAAUCCUGGCUCGCGCUUUGCAGAAACAACCGAGAUUUUUAGAUCGAAAGUCGGCAAAAAUUUAGGACUUUUUGCCGAAUUUCGGCACGAAAAUUUUCAUGCCUAUUUCAACCGUAAAGGAUAAUGUUUCUACAAAAAAUCUAAUUUUCCGCACGAAACUGCCAAAGUUAUGGCCAAAAAGCGCUUUUCUCUCUGACCGCUCUCCGCGUUUAGCGUGCUCUGGAUUCUCGCGUGUAUUUUAGAAUAAAAUUUUCGAAGUUUGUGCCAAGUUUCAUAAAAAUCCGAGCGUCGCACUUGAGUUGGCGUUCGUUUAGUCUAAAAAAUGAAAAGCUAACGCUCGGGCGCGGCUUGGAUUUCUGGAGACUGGUGUUUACGAUUUUUUUUUGGAAUUGCCUGUUUAUAAGCGUUACCAGUGAUUUUUCAGCGUUAUUUGGUGAAUGUUCACGGCUGCAGCCUUCAAGAUCCAGAGAACGAGACGAAUGUACUCGAUGACAACGUUGUCGACAACACUUUCGUCAAAUUCCUCAUCGACCCAUCGAAACUUCCGUAAGCUUUUGUAAUCACGUGAUAACCGCCUUUUUUGAACCUAGUUGUAUUGAUAAUACCUUGCCAUUUUCAGACGCAACGUCACCGUGGGACCGGAACCAGAGCACAACAAAGUAGCCAUCAUUGCAGGCUCGGUGGGCGGAGGGUUAUUCCUUUUGGCCAUUAUUGCUUCGAUAAUUGGCGGUGUUUGCUUCUAUGUGAGUCAAUGUGAUUUUUGGUGCAUUUUUUUGCACUGUGCAACAUUUUUUUGCACUGUGCAGCAUUUUUUUGCACUGUGCAGCAUUUUUUUGCACUGUGCAACAUUUUGUUUCCAUUAUUUUUUUUGCACUGUGCAACCUUUUGUUUGUGCCGUGCAACAUUUUUUUUGCACUGUGCAACUUUUUUUUGCACUGUGCAACAUUUUGUUUCCAUUAUUUUUUUGCACUGUGCAACAUUUUGUUUCCAUUAUUUUUUUUGCACUGUGCAACUUUUUUUUGCACUGUGCAACAUUUUUUUGCACUGUGCAACAUUUUUUUUGCACUGUGCAACUUUUUUUUGCACUGUGCAACAUUUUUUUGCACUGUGCAACCUUUUGUUUGUGCCGUGCAACAUUUUUUUUGCACUGUGCAGCAUUUUUUUGCACUGUGCAACAUUUUUUUGCACUGUGCAAUAUCUUUGUGCGUCACAAUCAACUAUUUAUAUUUCUAGCAAUUUCGAGUUCCCAUUUUUAGAAGAUACAAAAAGCCAAGGAAUGGCCAGAAGCGUCUUCCAUCCCGGCCUCUUUGCAACCUGGUACGGCACACAAGGAAGAGACUGGUGAAGCGGGGAAGAAAAAGCGUGUUACUGUGCUCAAGCUUUCGAAGAUUUCGUGUGUUCCGAGGGUGAAGCCGCCGAAAGACCCCAAGGAUUACUUGGAGGAUAAGGAGUUGAAACUCCGAAUUCCGGUGGGUUGAAAUUUUUGAUUUUUUAUAUUUUUUAUUUUAUUCCACUGUGCAAUCUUUGUUUUACAAGGAGUGUUUGUUGUAUGGCAAAGGGUAUCGAUAUUUUUCUUUUUUGAAAUUUUUUUAUUAUGUUUUGGGCUCAAAGAUGAACCAUCGAGGAGGCAAAACUUUGCUUUUGAGGCAUCUGUUUUUUUCGCCGAGCAACGCGUGGACACCAACGGCUCUUUUUGUAUCGACUCAUCAGAGAAAUGGUGUCGCACAACGAACAGAAACAGAAUGCCAAGAAUUUUGGCAUUAAUUUUUCUCAAUUUUUUUAAGACAGGUCGGAUAAACCAGGCUCAUACGCCACCAAAGGGCCAUAAUUUUAUUAAGUUUAUUAUAUCAUAUGAAAGACAAUCCGUUUCAGUUUAUUAUAGUUCGAUUUUUUUAGAUAACAAACUUAUGGUUUUAUGGCAAAACUGGCCGAAAAUAUGCCCGUUUUUGCAAAAGUUUUAGCUCUUCUAGAGUGUAAAGUACUUUUUUUGACAAAUCUGAUCAGGGAGGUUUGUUAAACAUGUCUUUCUCUUCGUGUGGGCUAAGUUUCAGCAAAAUCGGUCUACAAGUUUUGCAGCAGUAGCAAAAAUACUUCAAAAUAGGCACCAUCAAUUCAUUAUUUUUUAUUUUUUUUGUGUUUAAAAUGCCCCGGCACAUCAAACCUCGAAGGUAACGCCAGAAUAAGCUCGUCUUGACAAUCCAAAAAGUAGUAAAGUACUUUUAGAUGGAAAAAUUAUGUUACCCAUGAUCAAGAUCAAUAUCCUGCCGAGGAAGCGCCUCAGCAGGACUCCAAGCUAAUGGAACAUGUGAGCAGUUUUAAAACUAUGUUAGUUAUGAAACGGGAGCAAAUAGAGAGAUUUUACUAACCUCGAUCGCGGAAUUCUUGGAGGAGAAGAUGCGCAGAUCUGGACUUGUCAAGAAUGAGGUUUGGGGUCUUUAGAGAAGGGAAGAGGGAGAGUUUCGUCAACUGUGGCUCUUGUUUACCUAUUUUAUAGAAUAAUUGGGUCAAAUCCGUAAAAAAAAUUUACUUUAAUUUUGUCAUGUAUAACAUGGUUAAUAUCAGUCCGAAACGCCAAAUUGGAAUUUCAGAUAUGUGUAAUCGUAGAAAAAGCUAUUUUAUGACCAAAUUGGUACAAAUAAAUGAUCAGCAAAGUUGCUAGGACGCACAACGGUUUAUUUUUAGGUCUUGACCUUCAAUUGUAAUAUCGCUACUACUUUUUUUGCCGUAGACCGAUUUUGAUAAGAUUUGGCAUUUUUCAUGGUGGAUUGGGAAACGCUCGAAAAGAACGCCACGGUCAACUACAGUGGGGGACCUGAUCCAAUGGCAAAAACGUACCGUUCUGCUGCCGGGAACUAUCAAAAAUGUGGCAAAAUGCUUCCCUUUCCAAGUGAAGAAACUCCGAUUUCAAAAGCGCACCUGCUCUUUGUAUGAGGGAAAUGGAGCUCUACACUGCCCAGCUACAGUGAAGGAUCUGAUCCAAUGGCAAAAAACGUAUCAUCAAAAAAAUGUAGCAAAAUGCCUCUCUUUCAAGUAAAAAAAACUAUGUUUUGAAGGGCGCGCCCUUUCCUUCCCAAAAAGACGCGCUUUUGAAAUCGGAUUUUUUUCACUUGGAAAGGGAAGCAUUUUGCCACAUUUUUGAUACUUCCCGGCUGCAAAACGGUACGUUUUUUGCCACUGGAUCAGGUCCCUCACUGUACACGGUGUGAAUGGGGCUUCAUUCGACUGAAAGACCCGAUAGGCAAGGCCCAGUCAUCUUGCACCACGAAUCAUUUUGCUCCCAUGUUGCACUAGUCGUCAGGACCGCACUCCAAGAAAUGAGAGGUUUUUCAGCGUCCGCUAUACUCUCGACCUGUCCGCUAACCGGUUACCACCUCUUCCGCUCCCUGUCUAAGCAAAUCUACGGUGAAAAAUUCGACGGCGAAGAGGACCUCAAAAAACCUUUUGAGCCUGAAAAAAAUUAAGUUUUCAAACAAAAAACUAAAAAGAAAGUUGUGGAGGAGAAAAGGCUGUAUCAAAAUAUUAAAAUAUGUAAAAGAUACCCUUUGCCAAACAACAUUUUUUUUAUGAAGACAAGGCAAUAAGAAUGACUUUUGUGCGAUUUCAGCGAUUUGUCGGGAAAUGCAGGUGUUUUGCCAUGUGCGCGAACAGUCCAAUCGCUCGAGGCGCCUUCUCGGUGGUCUAUCCUUUCAACGCUGCGAACGAGAAAACGGCAGUCAAAUUCAUAGCCGCAAAACACAAUCGGGUCGAGAAAGCAAAGGUCUUGGUCGAGAUCACCAUUCUUUGGCACCUUGUGGCGGAACUUGGAACGUAAGUUUUGGUUCGUUGACAAUUUUUUGGCUUUUUUUUGCAAUUUUUCGGUUGGAUUUGAAUUGGCUAUAACUUUUUUAGUUUUUGUCCAAAUGUUAAAAUUCUUUUUUACCGUUAACCCUCAGACGUCCCCAUUUUGUUUAAUACCAAAUAUGCUGUAUAUAAAGGUGGACAUAUAAGAAUUAAAAAUUUCGUUUUCCCAAAUCGCGAUUUUCGGUGCACAAAAAAGUGGACGCCCAAAUCGAAAAACCGGCGUCGACUUUUUUUCUCGGCACCGAAUUCUGAAAUCCGGUAAAAUUUUCUAAGUUUUUCGAAAUCAGCGCACAAAGUCUUAAGUCUGCACCGAAGACUUUAGUGCUUAAGUCAGCACCGCAUUUCGGAAUUCGGUGCUGAAAAAAAAAUUUCGCGUCUUUUUUGGCGGAUUGCAAAUUCAUUCACCGGACCGUUUUAUAGCUUAUCUCACAAAUGUCAGCUUGACGUGCCCUGUACAUGUCUUCCUUUACUGCACUGCAUUUUUUCAGGGGUGAGGUGCGGUUUCCGCCGAUUAUCGAAUACGGCCGGGUAGAAGACUGUCUUUACACGAUCACUCCAUUGAAGGGUCCAUCCUUGACUGCGAUCCUGAAGGAGGAGAAGCUGGACUUCAAAGCCAAGGUCGGCAUCUGUUAUCAGACAUGUUACACUAUCAGAGGCUUGCAGAAUAUGGGAUAUUGUCAUGGGGACAUCAAGCCGGGACAUUUUUUGACUCAACAUAACUGUGAUGCACCAUUUGUAAGUGGCGGUUGAGCCUGGACUCUCCCCCUUUUUUUGAUUUUCGCCAAAAAUCUGAACUCUCCACCUGUUUGAACACUCCCUCAUUUUGAAAAUUGAAAAAACGAGGUGUGACAAAAUUCUUAUGCGAAGAAUUUUUUUUUCAAAUUGAGAAAAAAUUAGGUGGACAUCUUAUACGAUAAAAAAAUUUCAAAUUGAGAAAAAUGAGGUGUGACAUCGCAAAGGAAGCGAUAUACACCAUAAACACUUAAGUACAUAUGAUUUUAGCAAAAUAAAUACUAUUCUACCGUUAAAAAAUUUUCAUCGUAUAAGAUGUCACAUUUUUUCAAUUUUCAAAAUGAGGGCGAGUGUUCAAAAAGGGGUUGGGUUCAUUCAAGGGGGAGAGUUCAAAAAGGGGGGAGUUCUGAAGGGGGAGGGUUCAAAAAGGGGGAGAGUUCAGAUUGAGGGAAGUUCAGAAAAGGGGGAGAGUUUUGCCGCAACGGUAAGUGGCGGAAAUUGCAGGAGCAAGCUUUUGGAAAGUGCAAAUUGCUUCCGUACUUUCGAUUUUGAACUGUGUGAGACCGAAAGUUGGAAUUUCCACGGUGCAGACUUAAACCUAAAAUGGUGCAAGUCAAAAAUUUAAAAUCUAUACUGUUCGAGAUUUUUGGACGUUCUUCAAAAAUGCUUGCAGUCCGUUACAUGUUCCAUUUUCAGCUGACAAUCAUCGACUUUGGCUUGACCCGUCGUUUUCGAUCUCCCAGACCAUCGGACCGUCUGAUGGGCACUCCGAAGUACGCGUCCAUCGCCGCCCAUUAUCGCAGACCCACCGGCCAAUGUGAUGACUUCCAGUCCUGGUUGAUGAUGUGUUUCGAGAUGUUUUCCCCCCUUCCUUGGGCCGAAGAACAGGAUUUGGACAAAAUGCGGGAUUUGAAGAAGCAGUGGCACUUUGAGAAAUGUCUUCCUGACCAAUACGCGGCUCUGGCUGAUGCCUUCAGUCGACUGAAGGAGACUUUUUGGCAUGCGUCCCACCAGGAUGAGAUCGAGUCGGCUAACUUUUUAGCUAUUAUUCAGUCGGUGAGCCUUUCGAGGGAAUUUGAUUUUUUUGGGCUUUUUUAGUUUUACAAUUUGUUUGAUUUCAGGCCGGUGUCGCUUGCGGUGCCACGGAUAUCACUGGUCCCUGGUUGCCAGCGGAGAAGAAGGCUGGCUCCAAAAAGCCAGAGACCACGCCGAAAUAG